UUGAGCUAGCAAUUUUAAAAUAUACAACAUACCAUUCUCUCUCUCUCUUCAUCUGUGAGGAACAAAUAUUCUCCACUGAAAACACCAAGAAACAUUCUCUGCAGCAGCUAGCAAGGAUCAAGAAUAAGAAGAGAUCCAGCAGCUGCUCUAAUAUUUCAGUAAUCUGAACAGACCUCUCGCUCAGCUUCUGCAUGGAUACAGCUCACUGGCCUCAACAGGGAAUAGGUGUAGUGGAAAGCAACCAAAGACAAGCACAGAUCCAAGUGGAGAGAUCAAGGGUGAGACCUCACAAAGAACAGGCCUUAAACUGCCCAAGAUGCAAUUCCACAAACACAAAGUUUUGUUACUACAACAAUUACAGUCUCAGCCAGCCGAGGUAUUUCUGCAAAACAUGUAGAAGGUAUUGGACAGAAGGUGGUUCUCUGAGAAAUGUUCCGGUUGGUGGUGGCUCCAGGAAGAACAAAAGAUCAUCUUCCUCUUCCUCCAAUUCUGUCCCAACUCCAACCUUCACUUCCUCCUCCACACCAAAAACAACACUUCCGUCAUCUUCUUCAACAAAUCUACAGCCUUCCCAUCAGCACAUGAUUCAUGGUGUUGAAACCUCUAAGUUUUGCCAGGGAGGAGGACAUGAUCUUAAUCUCUCCUUUGCAUCAGCACAUGAUUCUGUGUCUGCGCUUGAAUUGUUGAGGAGUGGGAUUUCGGCUAGAGGGAUGGGAACAUUUGUGCCUGGAUCAGUAUUUGGAGCUGGGUUUGGGUUUCAGGAGCUGAUGAGACCAGUUUCUGAUGGCAUGAAGCUUCAUCCAUUGGAUGGAGUUGGGGGAACAAGUGGGUAUGGUGGAAGCAUGCAGGGGGAAGGAGAUGGGAGGCUUUUGUUUCCUUUUGAAGAUUUGAAGCAAGUAAGUAUGAGUAAUGGUGCUCUUGAUGGUGUGGUGCAAGGGCAAGGUGAUCCUACUUUGUUUUGGAAUGGUGUAAUGGGAAGCGGUGAC